AUGAUUAAAGAGAUCCUAAUAGAUGGAUACAGGCUCGUUUAUGCUCAGCAGACGCCUGUUUUGGCAGCGAUCCUAGUGCUUUUCGCUGCCUACACUUUCAUUUUGCACCCAUUUUUCAUCUCUCCCUUGAGACAUGUGCCUGGACCUUACUUGAACCGAAUUUCGAGCAUUCCCUUCAUGAAAGCCGCCUGGGGUGCAUCUCUUGUGAGGAAAACUCAUCUUUUGCAUGCUAAGUAUGGCGAUGUUGUGUUGUUGGCGCCCAAGAUGAUGGCCUGCAACGGCGACCCAAAGUACUUGCACGACAUCUACACCAAGAACAUGCCCAAACUGCGGUUCUACGAGAAUUUCCUGAACCACGGCAACAGAAGGAACAUCUUCAGCACAUUGACGAACCCAGAGCACCUCAAGCUCAAGAAAAUCAUCCAGAACUUGUACCUGAAGGGCGCAGUGCUCAAAAACGUCAACCGCCAGAACUUAAUAGAGAAGGUGACGUUUUUGAUGCAAGACUUGCGCCUCAACGACAGCACGCCUGUAGAUGUGUUCACGCUUUUCGCUGCUUUGGCGAUGGACGCUGUGAGUGGAUUUGAGGUCGGGUUGCAAAACAGCACCGAUCUCUUGUUGAAGCCAGAAAAAAGACCCAUCAUCGCCUCGUUCAGGAACAUCUCCUCCAUGGGCUUCUGGACCACAAGAAUGCCAUGGUUUUGGCGCUGGGCCGCCACAGACCAGAUCUUGCUGGAUGUGGAGGUGUGUGAAAAAUUCGAGAUGGACUUGUACAAUAAAGCCGAGGCAAAUGUUCCCGAGAGGCAGCCCAACGUGAAUUUGACUACGCUAGAGGCACUUAAAAAAAGCGGCGUUCGUGGUUUGAACGCCUACUCUUUGCUCACAGACAAUCUUUUUGCUGGCCACGAAACCACAGCGGUCCUGAUGACAUACAUGUGCUACCAGCUUUCACGGCCCAUCAACAGGAAACGGCAGCUUAAGCUCCACGAGGAAAUUAGAAAUAGCUUUGGACCCGUUUCUGACGACAUCAUCGACGACAUCGAAACUGUCGACAAACUUCCAUACUUGGAUGCUGUGCUCAAAGAAACAAUGCGUGUGCACGCAGCGAUUCCAGGGUCAGAGCCUCGUGUUUGUGAUAAACCGUACGAGGUGAACAUAAACGGCAAGCGUGUGGUUAUUCCUGCGGGCACUGAGAUUUCUUGCCAGCCAUACUCUAUGCACAGAGUAGAGCUGGUGUUCCCACGGCCUGAUGAAUGGAUCCCAGAGCGCUGGCUCCAGGGAGAUAAUGAGAAUUACGAGGAAUAUACUGCCAGAACGCUGCACAUGAACAAGUACAUGUUCCCAUUUGGCAAGGGGAUUAGAAUGUGUCUUGGAAUGAACUUGGCCUUGACUGAGAUGAAGCUAGCGUGCGCUAACAUGUACUGGAGAUACAAUUCCAUCAUAGACCCCAAAUGGUGUCGUGGCAGAGGAAGCGACAAUACCACCCUCCCCAUGGGUCACGAGUAUUAUAGUAAAAAAUGUGAGCAAGGUAUCAUGGCCAUGGCUGAUGCAUAUACUACUCGCCCAGAAGGCGAAGAGUGCUGGCUCGUGUGGUCGGAGAUAAGCGGAAACUGA